ACAACUUAAUUAACAAAUCUGUCGUACUUUUUUUUUUCUUUUCAUAUGUUCUUAUAUAUACAUAUGUAUUUUGAUCAAUCUAUCUUCAAACAGAAAUUGAGGUAACUUAUAUAAUACGAACAAAAAAAAAUGACACAUCAAUAUGUGAUAACAUGUAAGCCGCUGAUGUCCUCCAAAACAAUGGUCUUGUUUCUGAGAUAACAUCUAUUUUUAGGCAUUAAGUACGAAUACCAAUACUAGGACUGAAUCUGAUGACAAACUUAGAAAUCAAAUUCAACAUCUAUAAUCUAUUUUAAGACAUUAAGUGGGAGGAAGUGCGAAUCCAUUGUCAACUGGGACUGACUCUUCCUACAAACUUAGCAAUCAACUUUACCAACCAUCUUUCUGCAUCAUUUUCAACCAAGGAAAACAUGUUCCUGCAAAUCUGGCAGGACGAAGACUUGCUCUUCCUCAAACACAUAUAAAUAGAUGCCUUUUGAAUCCACUCGUUCAAAUUCCUUGCCUGAUCGUUUGCUUCUCUGUGAAAUCAAGAUGCAUCAUACCAGGCUCAACACACCCAUUACUUAUUUCUUGCUCUCUUUCUUUUUCCUUUUGUUUUCUUCAUCGACUGCUUACAACAUCACCGAAGUUCUAAACAAGUAUCCUGAUUUCAGCAUCUUCAAUGACUACCUCACCAGAACCAAAGUUUCUAACCAGAUCAAUGAACACAGAAUUAUGACGGUCCUCGUGGUAAAAAAUGCGGCCAUGUCAUCUUUAGUAGGGAAAUCAAUAGACGUGAUCAACAAGGUGAUGCGCAUCCACGUAUUUCUGGACUACUAUACCCUCAACAAGUUCAAGAGCUUGCCUACUUCACAGCCUGCCCAACUGACCACACUGUUUGAAUCUCCUGACCAACACCGCUACCUAAACGUCACAAAUGGGGCCACCGUCUCAAUUGUUUCCGCUGCUGGUUCAGAGAAAGUAGAGGUAGUUCGAGAUAUUUCUCCUGACGACAUUUAUAAGACAUCAAUUGUGGAAGUUAGCAAUGUAAUUCUACCUUCAACCUUAAGUACUUCACCAAGAUUACCUUCUCCAUCAUCACCAUCUCUGACAGUAGCGUCAUCACCUUCUCCAACAAUAGCUUCAUCACCUUCUUCAUCAACCUUCAACAUCACAAAAUUUUUAAACAACUAUCCAGAUUUCAACCAAUUCAAUACCUACCUAACUGAAACCCAAGUUUGUGAUCAGAUCAAUGCACUCUCAACUGUCACGGUCCUUGUGGUCAACAACGCCUCUAUGUCUUCUUUAGUAGGAAAAUCAACUGAGUUUAAGAAAAAGGUGCUAAGCCUCCACGUUGUUAUGGAUUACUAUACCUCCCAAAGUUUCCACAACCUGCCUAGUUCGCAGACUACCCAACUGACCACACUGCUCCAAUCUUCUUUCCAAUCAAUUGGCUUUCAAGGUUUGUUGAAUGCCACAAAUGGGGACACGGUCUCAAUUCUUUCAGCUGUUGGUUCUGACAAAGUAGAGGUAGUUAAAGAUAUAUUUACUGAGAAUUCAAAAAUAUCAGCGGUGCAAAUUAGCAAUCUAAUUGUUCCUUCAGACUCAACUUCAUCACCUUCAACACUUUCUCCAUCAGUACCUUCUCCAUCCCCGUCUUCUUCAUCAUCUGCUUUCAAUAUCACCCAAAUUCUAAACAAGUACCCAGAAUUCAGCAUAUUCAACGACUACCUGACACGAACUCAAGUUUCUAACCAGAUCAAUGAACGUAGAACCCUCACGAUCCUCGUGGCCAACAACGAAGCUAUGUCCUCUUUAGUAGGACAACCAAUGGACGUGAUUAGAAAGGUGUUGAGCCUCCAGGUUGUCCUGGACUACUAUAACGUCCAAAAGUUACACAACUUGCCUGUUUCGAAGCCCACUCGAAUAAUCACACUGCUCGAAGCUGCUGACAAACCAAGUGGCCAACAAGGCUUUGUGAACAUCACAAAUGGGGACACUAUCUCGAUUGUUUCAGGUGCUGGUUCUGACCAAGCACUAGUCAUUCGAGAUGUUGUUGCUGAUGAGCUUUUUACUAUAUCAGUGGUGCAAAUUAACAAGGUAAUAGUGCCUUCAGGCUUAACUUCACCACCUUCAUCACCCUCUUUAUCACCUUCUCCGUCAAUACUUUCAUCACCUUCUUCCUCAACUUUCAACAUUACAAAAAUUCUAAACGAUUAUCCAGAAUUCAGCCAAUUCAAUACCUACCUGACCGACACCCAAGUUUGUGACCAGAUCAAUGCACGUACAACUGUUACGGUCCUUGUUGUCAACAAUGCCGCCAUGUCUUCCUUAGUAGGAAAAUCAACUGAGAUUAAGAAAAGGGUACUAAGCCUCCACAUUAUUACGGAUUACUAUACCUCUCAAAGUUUCCACAACUUUCCUACUUUGAAGACCACCCAAUUGACCACACUGCUCCAAGAUUCUUUUCAAUCAAAUGGGUUUCAAGGUUUGUUGAAUGCCACAAGUGGGGAUGCGGUCUCGAUUGUUUCUGCUGCUGGUUCUGACAAAGUAGAAAUAGUUAAAGAUAUAUUUACUGAGAAUUUGAAAAUAUCAGUAGUGCAAAUUAACAAUCUAAUUGUUCCUUCGGACUCAACUUCACCUUCUUCAUCACCUUCUCCAUCGGAGUCCUCUCCUUCAGUACCUUCUUCAUCAGCUCCUUCUUCAUCAGCUGCUUUUGACAUCACCAAAAUUCUAAGCAGCAACUCAGAUUUCAACCUCUUCAACAACUACCUGACUCAAACCCAAGUUGCUAACCAGAUCAAUGAACACAAAACCAUGACAGUCUUCGUGGUCAACAAUGGCGCGAUGACCUCAUUAGUAGACAAACCAAUGGAGAUUAAGAAAAAGGUCCUAAGCCUCCAUGUUAUCAUGGACUAUUAUACUGUCCAAAAGUUCCAUAACUUGCCUGUUUCGCAGCCCACUCGAAUAAACACACUGCUCCAAGUUACUGACGAACCAAGUGGCCAACAAGGCUUCGUGAACAUUACAAAUGGUGACACAAUCUCAAUUGUUUCAUCUGCUGGUUCUGACCAAGCAGUGGUUGUUCGAGAUGUUGCUGAUAAAACUAAUACCAUAUCUGUGGUGCAAAUUAGCAAUCUAAUACUGCCUUCAGGCUUAAUUGCACCGACUUCAUCACCUUCUCCAUCAACUUCUUCAAACCCAAGUAAGUUGCGAGCUGCUGCACCAGUCCAGGCUCCAUCUAGCAGCAUUGCAUCAGCACCAAACCUGGGCGGCGCACCAUUGUCAAAUGCACCAAACAUGGGCAGCGCACCAUUGCCAAACGCACCAAACAUGGGCAGCACACCAAUGACAAACGCACCAAACUUGGGCCAGUAUACCAUGGGCCAAACGCACCAAACAUGGGCAACGCACCAUUGACAAACGCACCAAACAUGGCCCAGUGCACCAUGGCCACAUGCACCAAACAUGGGCAGCGCACCCAUUGUCAAACACACCAACCAUGGGCAUCGCACCAUUGUCGGAUGCACCAAUAUCCGACCCCACCAAUGAGUGUGGCUCUUUCACCUGAGUCACCAUUGUCGAAUGCAUUUGCUGCAGGCCCACAGUCAUCUGGGACUCCUGCAAGGUUUUCUAUUAAUUGUGCUUCUGUGCUAACCAUAAUUUUGGUGUCCACUUUGCCUCUAAUUUCCGUGAUACAGAUUUGAGUUAGAAGAAACAUCAGGUUCAUGACCAUAGAAUAAGGAAGAAGAGUCACAUGGUAAAGUAGGUGAUUUGAUUUUUUGUUCUUGGUGUAUGCAGCUUUCAGUUGUAUUGUAUUAAUUAGUUUCUAGGGAUGCAAGUUAGUGUUUUUCAGUUCAUGUACUCACUUUGGCUCUGUUUUGCAAGAACCAGACAACUUUAGCAAUAAAAUGUCCUCAUUGCUUUUCAUUGUCUUUCCCCUUUCUCUCUUCCUCUCCAAGGUUUUCAAAUGGUAUCAGAAUCCAGAGCCAUUGUUGACACACAUGAUCUCAAAGUUCCCAUAGGUCAAGCAUUAGAUCAAUCUAAGAUCAAUUUUCCACUAGUCAUUUGAUUAAUUGAAAUCAAAUUCUGAAAUUGAUACUGAAAGAUUUUUAUUUAGGGAUUUAGGAAUUACCUCUUAUGGCUUGGUCUAAUGUCUCACCAGAAGCCGCUGCUCUGCUCAGCCACACCACAAAGAUUCAUAUUCUGGUAAGAGGAUUUUCGUCUGCUCAGCCAAACCACAAAGCUUCAUAUUCAUAUUCUGGUAAGAUGAGUGGUAUAAUGGAAAAGAAUGUGAUGAAGCUAUGAAUGAUGGUACUGUAAUUACAGGAAGAAACAUUAUCAGAUCGUAUAGUUCAAAGUUCAGCAGAUGAUCAGCAAGAUGAUACUGGCAAGAUAAUUAACGAACCAUAUGG